CCGAGUGCUGUGCGGAGUGCAAGGAGUGCAACUGGAUUGGAAAGCAUUGAGUUUUAAUUUGAAAAAUAUGUACAAACUUAGGAUUCUACAGAAAAAUCAGCGUAAUUUAAAUCGUUUGUUUUGUUCAGAGGCAAGAUUCACCAACAUAAAUGAGGCAACACAGUUCUUCUAUCCGCUUUUGGAUGUUAAUGAGUCUACUAUGUACAAGUACCUAGCGAAGCAUAGUUAUCUCGUGAAUAUGGAACCAGUGGACGUACGUCGUAAAGUUGCCUAUUUCAGGUAUUUGAAUGCAACCAACGAUGAAAUUCUAGAGCAACCAAUGCUGUUUUCAUUGCAUUUGAUUACGAUUGAAAACAGAUCUACGAUUUUACGAGAGUGUGGAUUAGUCGAAUCAUUGAAUCUGGUAGCAAUAUCCAAAUACAUCACAAUCAUAAGGCAGCAGAUCAAAGCUUUAAAGAACAACAAACUCAUACCAAUUGAUUUGAAUAUGAUGGAUCAGCUUAAGAAGCAAUUCGAUACAGAGGUUAAUCCAAACAUUAAUUAUAGUGAUGAAAUGCAUUUGCAAACACUUCGAGAACUCUUUCUGAAUGCAUUUCUUCGUGAGAGACUAAAGCUUACCGAUGAGGAAUUCAAAAAGCUGUGGAAGUCAUAUUCCAAAAUAAAACACAAAAGUUUUGGUCAUACUCAGCGAGUUGUGGAUAUCCUUCAGCACAAUUUGAAACUAACUAGAGAAAAAAUUGUAGGAAAUCUUUAUCUCCUGCAUUCGGAUCCUGAAAAUUUACUACGAUACCCCGAGGUCGUGCCUACGAUAGCAGGAAUGGACAUAAAGGAGGUCAUGGUGAAACAACCGAAGGUCAUGAUGGUACCAUGCGACAAACUAAAGCAGCUAUUGGGUCAUCUUCGGGAGUUUGGAAUCGAUGAGGCAGGGGUGCUCAAAUAUUCGACGAUUUUAACUCUGUCGCCCAAUACUGUCCUAGCACGAUUAGAGCAGCUGAAGAAAACUAAAGAAUUUGAAGUGCUUUCCAAACAUCCUAGGAUCACCAAGCUCAUAGCGUAUCAAACCAAAGCGGCCAUCCGACUGGACUUUCUACAGCAGCUGAAAGUUCGCUGUGCCUCAUUAAAUGUGUUAUCUAGUCAUUCACAAAGCUUUGAAAAAUAUGUUAGGGAAGGUUACGAUAGAACGAAUGGGAAAGACAUUGCUCAUUACCUUAAUAUGGUGUUUCAACAGCAAGGCACAGAUGCCGUUGAACAAUUAAAGCGACAUCCAAACUGGUUUCAUGUACCCGCUGUACAAAUGCAGGAAACGCUCGAUUACCUAAGAAGCAAAGAAUUUUCGUUGGACGAGAUAUACGAGAAUGUUCAAAUACUUCUAUACCCUCUGUCGCGAAUCAGCCAAAAACUAGACAAGCUCAUAGAGUGCAAACAAACUAAAAAGAGGCAUGAGGAUUUCGGAAUAGAGCUGACUUGUGUGACCCCGGCACAAAUGCUAUCACUGUGUUUAUACAUGAUAGAGUUAGAUUUCCAUUUUACAGGAGACGGCAUUUGGCCAGACCAGGUUCAGCAUAGCGAUUCUUCCACCACUACAAAUAUUGAGCUACCAAAAUCGUUAAACAAAGAUUACAAGUAUGGAAAGAAAUCAUCAAUGUCAAUCUGUGUUUGAUGAAUAAAAAGAUAAUGUUAAGUUAACUAUACUUUAAUAUCAUUUUUGUUUGUCAUCGUUUUUAUUUCUUGUAUGAUUUAUUCAGCUCAAAUACCCUUUCAGGUUUAAAUGAAACUUGAACAUAUUGUGUAACUUUUCAAUAGGUUCUACACAAAUAAUUAUCGUUAGUAAAAAAACAUUGGCAGAAUUAAAAGUUUGCGUUGGUUCUUUUUGGUAGAAAGCACAAAACAGAAGUAGAACUUCGGAUCAGAAAGUGACUCCACUCUUCAUUGGCGAACACUAGUGCACCUAGCGGUAAAUGACAUCUUCUACCUGCAGUUAAGAUAGGCAGUAUGCUAUGACUAUGUGAGGGCACAUAGAAGCCAAAAUCAAAAUGAUGAAUUCGAACAAAAUGCGUCAAUUUAUUAUUGUGUAUUUUAAUCCGAGCUCGAAUCACAAAACUAUGCAAUGAGUAGAAUUUCACCAAUUUUUAAGAAAAGUGCCUUCAAUCCCAGCUUCAAUCAUUUAUUUAAUAAAAACAAAACAUUAAUGAGUAGUUGUGAUCCACAAAUAAGUAGCGGUUAUUCAUUAAUGAUUAACAGUC